AUGGAGAAGGUUGCAAGAAAUUUAGCUAGAAUCCGUUCGCAACUUGCUAGAUCUCACUCCCCCUUCUUCAUCUACUUCCUCUACUUCUUGUCCUUCUCCAUUUUAGGGUUCUUGGCACUCAAGAUCUCAAAGCCAAGAACCCCUUCGCGUCCUCAUGACGUGGACCUCUUCUUCACUUCUGUCUCCGCUAUCACCGUCUCAUCCAUGUCCACUGUCGACAUGGAAGUCUUCUCCAACACCCAACUUAUCUUUCUCACUAUCCUCAUGUUCCUUGGUGGCGAAAUCUUCACCUCUUUCCUCAACCUCUACGUCGCCCAUUUCACCAACUUCGUCUUCCCUCAUAACAAGAUUAGACAUCUUAUGGGCUCUUUCCACUUAGACCGUCUGGUCGAGGAUCGUCGUAGCGACCUCGAGAAUGUUACCGAUCACAGCGAGGUUCCUAGCCAAAUCAAUGAAAGGGCGUCUAAGUGCUUGUAUUCGGUGGUUCUUGGUUACCAUCUUGUGACAAACCUAGCUGGCUCUGUGUUGCUUCUUGUGUACGUAAAGUUUGUCAAAACGGCAAGAGAUGUUCUUAGUUCCAAAGAAAUCUCACCUCUCACCUUCUCUGUCUUCACAACUGUCUCCACUUUCGCAAAUUGCGGAUUUGUUCCCACGAAUGAGAACAUGAUCAUAUUUCGCAAGAACGCGGGUCUCCUCUGGUUCUUAAUCCCUCAGGUAUUGAUGGGGAACACGUUGUUCCCUUGCUUCUUGGCAUUACUCAUAUGGGGACUUGAUAAGCUCACAAAACGAGAAGAGUUCGGUUAUAUUCUCAAGAACCAUAAGAAGAUGGGAUACUCUCAUCUACUCUCCGUUCGUCAUUGUGUUCUUCUUGGAUUGACGGUCUUAGGGUUCUUGAUUAUACAACUUCUUCUUUUCUGCGCCUUUGAGUGGAGCUCCGAGUCUCUCGUAGGAAUGAGUCUGUACGAGAAGUUGGUUGGAUCUUUGUUUCAAGUGGUGAACUCGAGACACACCGGAGAGACAAUUGUCGACCUCUCCACACUUUCCCCAGCUAUCUUGAUACUCUUCAUCCUCAUGAUGUACCUUCCUCCAUACACAUUGUUUAUGCCGUUGACCAAAGAAAAGAAUAAGAAUGAGGGAAACGAUGAUUCUGGAAUUGAAAAGUCAAGGAGGAAGAAUGGGCUCUUCGUGUCACAACUUUCCUUUUUGACGAUAUGCAUCUUUCUCAUUUCCAUCACCGAAAGACAAAAACUACAACGAGAUCCACUCAAUUUCAACGUCCUUAACAUCACUCUCGAAGUUAUUAGUGCAUAUGGAAACGUGGGAUUCACGACCGGCUACAGCUGCAAACGGCGACUGAAUGUCAGCGAUGGUGGCUGCGUAGACGCGGGUUAUGGGUUUGCAGGACGAUGGAGCCAGAGUGGAAAAUUCAUACUAAUAAUAGUAAUGUUUUAUGGUCGAUUUAAGCAGUUCACGGCCAAAUCUGGACGAGAAUGGAUACUAUAUCCCUCCUCUUCAUGA